CGACAAUCAAAGGAAUGAAACCACCACCAGUGGUACUAUCGUAAUAAACAAUAACUUAAGGGUUAUUAACGAAUAACCAAUCGUACAUAAACCCCGAUCCUUUUUCUUUUCCUCUUCAAACAAAGAAUCUAAAUCCUAUGUUCUUGUUCUUCACGAUGAGAAUCUUGAAAACUCAAAGAUCCAGAGGAGGAAGAAGAACAAGCAAGAAAUUUGGAAACAGAAGAACAAGUGGAGGAGAAAAGUUCUCGGAGAAGCUUCAGGCGCUUAAGAGUCUUCUUCCUCCGCCGUCGAAGAUGACGGAGCAGAGUCGUCAAGAUGCUUACGUGGAAGAAGAUUCCAGUGUUGGAGAGACGGAACAGUUGUUUCAAGAAACUGCGGAUUACAUUGUCAGACUUAGGGGACAAGUCGUGGUGUUGCAAAAGUUAAUCGAGAUUUAUGGAUCAUCUGAUCAGAAGGAAGAUAAUUUUGUUUCAUAAUGUUCAUAUUAAAUUAUGAUAAUGUUUUUCAUUAAGCUUUUUUCAAUGUGUUACGUAUUUUGAACCUAAUAUGGUUUUUAGGUAGUCACGAUGUAUAAUGUUUGAUUUUGACGAACGAAAAGAAUGAAAUCGGU